AAUUCUUAUCAAAUUUGCAGUAUAUAAAUCAGUUGAUGAACCCACUGCUGCAUUCAUAGCAGACAGUAUGAACAUUAUAUUUAUGUUUUUGAUCCCUGAUUUCCGUGACUGCUCUCCAUGUCCAUUGCAAUUUUCUUCAAGAUAAGAUCAAUCUCAAGCACAAUAGCCUUCUAAGGUUUCUCAAGCAAUACAUAAUGUUUGUUGAACUUCUCUGUACCUUGCUCUUCGUUCAUUGCACCAGUGGGGAUGAUUUUCGCCCUACCUAUCAUUUCGUCCCCAAUCAGUACUGGAUGAAUGAGCCCAAUGGCUUAAUCAAGAUUGGAUCCACCUGGCACCUCUUCUUCCAGCACGACCCCAUCGGCAAUUACUGGGGAAACAUUGUCUGGGGCCACGCAACCAGUGAUAACCUCGUUGAAUGGGAGUACUUGAACACCGCUCUUGGCGAUGAGGGUGGUGUCCAAUCCUUCACUGGGACUGCAUAUUACGACGAGAAAAACACAUCUGGCUUGGGAAACUUGAACAGCCCGCCAUAUCUCGCGUUCUUCACUGGUUACGUCAAUACCACUGGGGUUCAAGACCAGCGACUCGCCUACAGCACUGAUGACGGUGCGACGUGGACCAAGUUGGUAACCAAUCCUAUCAUAUCGCGACCUCAAGAGAUCCCGCAUGACAAGUCUGGCGGCUUGGAGGCCCGUGAUCCCAAAGUCUUUUUCCACGAUGCAACGAAUCAAUGGGUCAUGAUCCUUGCGCAUGGGGGACAAAAUAAGAUGACUUUCUGGACAUCUUCUGACGCAAGGACUUGGACUUUCCGAGACGAAUUAACCGCUAAUGAUGUCCCUGGUCUACCAAGUGAUGUCAGAGGGUGGGAGGUCACGGACUUUUUUGAACUGCCUAUCCAAGGCUCUUCAGACAGCAAGUGGGUCUUGGUAUUCACUCCAGCCCAGGGUUCUCCUGCUGGUGGCAACGGAGUGCUUGCUUUCACCGGUUCCUUCGAUGGAACCACGUUCAUUCCAGAUGCGUUCAACGCCGCUAAUUGGUUAGACUAUGGCAGAGAUUUCGAUGGUGCCCUGAGCUGGGAGAAUGUCCCUUCGUCCGAUGGCCGUCGUAUUAUCGCAUCGGUUAUGAAUAGCUACGGCGAUAACCCACCUACUAGCACCUGGAAAGGUAUGCUUUCGUUUCCGCGUACGUUAGAGCUCAAAAUGAUUGGCGAUGUGCUCCAUUUCGUCCAGCAGCCUGUCACAGAACUCAACUCAGCGACCACUUCAAUUGUCAAUCUCACUGGCCAAGGACUUGCUCCUGGAGACACGCUGCUGUCAGAAGUUAGAGGCAAUGCGCUGGAUAUACAGAUUACGUUUUCGCCAGGUGAAGGCAGUACGCUGUCACUCGCUGUUCGCAAAGGAGGCUCCGAGCAGACCUUGAUCACCUAUUCUCAGGCCGGCGGUAUACUAUCAGUCGACCGCAGGGCCAGUGGUAAUAUUUCUUACGACCCGGCUGCAGGCGGGCUUCAUUCUGUAGCCGUUGCAGUCGACUCAAGGGGCGUGAUGAAACUCCGAGUUUUGGUCGACGAGUGCUCUUUGGAAGUGUUCGGCGGAGAGGGCCAAGUGGUGAUAUCCAAUUUGAUUUUCCCCAGUGCCUCCUCUAGUGGCCUUGCUUUGACCACAGCCGGAGCAAAUAUUAUGUUAAACUCGGUAAAUGUCCUUUCGGUAAAGUAAGUAUGUUAAAAGAAGGACGAGACUCCUGCGAAAUGUAUUUUUUUUAUCAGACCUAAGAGGAUUGUUAUGAUUGAUUAUACGAACAACGGUUAUGCAAGAAAGGAUUUGCGCCUGACGCAGUUUUCGAUAAUUUUUUAAAUUUGUGGUUCCCUCUUUGUGGAGGUCGGAUGUCAUUGUCUGUUGUUCCUCUCUUGUAUUCAUUGCGAUUCGAAGUUCCGA